AUGAGCGUUAAACACAGGAGGAGGAUCAUCGCUGAGGAUCCAGACUGGUCCCUGGAACAAGUGCCUUACCUGUCCAAACUCUGUCUGCAGGAAAUCAUCAAGAACAUAGAAGUCCUGCCUAUAUAUGAAGAACUGGGGCCUUCUGAGCAGAAGUUCAUCCAGGAGAAGCUACCACCGAAUGCUCCCCUCACAGUCACGGCCAACCUGAUCCCCGACGGCGUCUACUGGGAACGCCGCUCCAAGGAACUCUGGGACAACUGCGACGUGUCCUACCAUGGCCAGAGCUGGAAGAGACUGUUUUUUGAGCGCUACUUGGAGGGACUAAUCGAAGCGUUCAUCCCUGGAGAAACCAAGCUCAAAACCAUCCUGGAAAUGGUACCUCUGUGUAAAGAUUAUGUGAAAGGAUUGGAUAUUAAAGAGCUACUCCCGCCGAUUAAAACACUACAGAAGAAGGAGGAAGAGGAGGAACAUUCCAAGCUGGGCAGUAUCCACGAUGAAGAGGACAAACCUUUUCUAGACCAUUUUAAUUUCAAUGUCCUGCUAGAAAAGCUCGACAACCUGGAAGAGCUUCACCUGGUGUACAGAGUGAAGCAGUGCGGCAUGAACUACCAGAAGGACAUGUUUCGGAUGACGCAGAGGGACUGUGAGACGCUCGCUCAGGCUGUCGAGUCCUGCAAGACUCUCAAGGUUCUGCACCUCUACCACAGCAUGGUCGAUGACACUCAGUGCAGACAUCUGGUUAAACACUUACUGGACCACCCAUCUUUGACCAAGCUGGACCUCAGUUUCAACUGCAUAGAAGACAGAGGAGCCAGAGCUAUCGGCAAACUGCUCACCCAGAGUAAACUGAAGACCCUCAAACUUUACAACACCAUGAUCAGAGACCACGGCGCUAAAGCCAUCGCCCACGGCCUCUCCACUAACACCACUCUGGAGGAGCUGAACCUGAGCCUGAACCGUGUGGGGGACGAAGGAGGGGAAGCCAUCGCGACCGCUCUGCUCAACAACUCCUCUCUGAAGACCCUGGACCUGGGGGGGAACGAGGUGGGCGAGCUUACCGCCAUCGCUCUCUCCAAAGUGCUCAUCCAGAACCGAACCCUGACAAGGAUCAGUCUCCUACUCUGCAAACUGGGAGUGGAAGGAGGUAAAGCCCUGCGGGAGGCCAUGUCCAACAACAGCACUGUGCUCAGGUUUGUCCUGGAUUGCACCGACAUCGAGGAGGACGACAUGGACUUCAUAAACGAGGUGGUGUGGACCAACGAGGAGCGGGUGUCUCUUAAGUCAAGACCAAAACUGUACCAAUGUAUUUCAAUGAAUUAA